UACCCGCCACAUGCACAUGCGCAUCUGACUUUAGCUGCUUCCGGGCGGGGAAAUGGCGGCGGUCAGUGGAGACAGGAUGGAUGAUCUGGAAGAUGGAGAAAUUUCUGGGUCGGACUCAGAUUCCGCAAUGGGUGUGGCGGGAUAUGAACGACCUCAGAAACCCACAGUGAUGGCUUUCUCAGGCCACGCCUUCCAGAGCCGGGAGCCCCCCCGGCAGACGGCCCCCCCGGUCGCCGCGGGUUACCGCAGCGCGGCGGCGGGGGCGGACUCCAGCGCCAGCGGCUCGGACUCCGAGGAGGAGGCGGCGGUGUGGAAGCGCAAGCGGCAGAGGUGUUCCGACGCUCCGCAGGCCCCGCCCCCCUCCGCCCGCCGGGCCCCGCCCCUCCCCGCGGCCCAGGCGCCGGGCCGGAAGGUGAACAACAUCUGGGGCUCGGUGGUGCAGGAGCAGAGCCAGGAGGCGGUGGCGGCGGAGCUGGGCAUCCUGGGAAUGGAGGGGGAGGUCAGCAUGAGCAGCCGCCAGUGCGAGACCUACAACUACGUGCUGGCGCGCAAGCUGAUGGAGAAGGAGAGGGAGCAGGAGGCCGCCGGCGCGGCGGCCAUGUUGGACAGCCAGCUGGACGACUACAUGCAGCGGCGCGCGGGGGAGAACGGGGACGGGGGCGGGGAGCACAAGAGGAAGCGACCAACCAAAGAGCGGCUGGGUCCCAGGGCAGAGAUGGAUUUCGAGGGGCGGUACGAGAUCACGGAGGACGACUCGGACGACAGGGUGACGGACGAGAUCGUGCACAGGUUAAGGGAGCCCAAAAAGGACCUGAUGGAGCGGGUGGUGCGCACCAUCGGGAAGAAGAAGGCCAUCGAGCUGCUGGCGGAGACGGCGACCGUGGAGCAGAACGGCGGGAUUCUCACGGUGGAUGGCAGCAGGAGACGGACACCUGGAGGCGUGUACCUGAACCUGCUGAAGAACACGCCCAGCAUCACCGGGAAGCAGGUCAAGGAAAUCUUCUACGACGAGAACCAGAGGGAUUACUCCAGCAAGAAGGCGGCGAAGAAGAGGAGGAGGCACGAGCUGUGCAAGAAGAUGAAGCAGGCCAUCAACGCGCUGGACCUGCAGGAGCACGACGACGGCUCCCGCGAGACCUUCGCCAGCGACACCAACGAGGCGCUGGAGUCCCUGGAGGACGCGGCGGAGCCCGACCCGCCCCAGCCGCCGCCCGACUUCGCCCUCGGCACCGAGGACGCCGCCGUGGUCUACAACUCCAGCGACCUGGAGGUCUUCUGAGACCGGGACACGCCCACCACAAAAGCGCGGGAGAGCCUCCCGUGCGUUUCCACACCCCCGCGGGAGAGAACCCGCGUUCCGUACCGCCUUUGUCCCCCCGCAUCCCACCCCUCAGGGGGGUGUGUGUGUGUGUGUGUGUGUACACGCGACCUGUAAUGUAUUUAGCCAUGAAAAACAGGAAGUGGGUCAGAGUCAGAGGAAGUUGCGUGCGCCCAUUAUGCAGUACACAGUUAGCUCCAGUAGGUGGAGCUAUUGCGUGCUGUUGAACACUAACUUGCGUGAUGAACAGAUUUCACUUCAUAGCAACGACAGUAUGAGUUGUAUUCAAACCGGUGAGUCGCUAACAGCUUGUUUUGGCUCCCGCCAUCUUUGUGCUCUUGACGUCUUUCCUUCUCGGUCGUUAAAUUAGGGUGUCCCCCAGCCCUCUGGAGAGACCCGAUGGACAUCAUCGUUUUUGAGAAAAGGCCGAACCGUGGCUUCACCUGUUCCAUUCGACACAGAGGGGGCGGUGUGUGCCCCCCCCCGUUUUAGUUUCUUUUAUUUGGAUGCAUUCCACCCCGUGUGUAUCGUCUCCAUUAAGACGCUCUGUACAGACUGGCAUUGAGCUUAGCACUGACCGUCAGCUCUGAUGCUGCGUUAGCUGAAUGCACAGGUUUUUAUCUUCGUAGUGACACGAGCCCGAUAGACGAGUGUGUGUCGUGGUCGGCGUGGAGCUGUGGGCGUUGGAGUCAGUUUUUCGCUUCUGAACGCGUGUUCGAUGACGCUAAUCACGGGGUACUGGCUAACGUACGAGGUCAUGACCUUUCAGCAUCACACUGACUGGCCUGUUGUGGAACUAAAAAGAAAUUGAGAAAGGUUCUGUUUCGCUUGUUUUUCCUGUUUUCUUUUCCCCUUGUAAAUGUAAAAAGGAACGUUCUGUAAGAAUGCCAAGGUUAUGAGGCUUUGAUAGCAGGAAGUGUUUUGAUUUAAUUUCCGCUGGCGUCUUGGCUAACCUGAUAUGGUUCAACUUUGGUUUUUACCAAUGUAGGAAGGUUUGAGUACUUUUUUGUGAUGCAAGACAAGUUUUUGAAAUCAAAAUAAAUUUUUCUUUGCGUA